AUGUUUUCGUUUUUGGGGAUCGGCAGUUCCAGUCAAGUUAAUGACUCUUUAGGUGUUUCUGGAAGCAAGGUCAAACCAACUCUUAGUUUGCAAACAGAUAAAGAUGUGUACAGGCCUGGAGAUUCCGUAUUUGUAACUAUUGAGAUUGGUAAUUCUGCUGUAAGGGAUCAUGAGAACGUGGCUAAUCCCUCGAUUUUGGUUGAAAAGCUUAGUUUUGAGCUUAAAGGAGUAGAGAAAUUGGACCGUAAUUGGUUUAUUACUCAAAAGCCACCACCAGGAAGCAAAGGACGAAGAGGUGAACGUAACUUCCUAGACAGCUCAACAUCAUCCUUGAUAUCAGAUCAACUACUAUCCCCUGGUGCUAAGAUGACAUUUAUGGUUCGAGCUAUACUUCCACAGAAUAUACCACCUUCUUAUAAAGGUGUUAUACGUUACCAUUACUACAUCAAGAGCACAUUACGUGGAAGAUGGAUGGCAUUAGAAAACAGUCAGUUUUACAAAGACUCGACAAAAGAUUACAUUAAAGUGGAGACUCAAAUCCCAAUACAGGUAUGGGUAAUUCAGAAGAACAAUGGGUUGCUAUUAGAGGAAAGUCAAACCGAGGGGAUUGUUCCAGCCAGUACCAUUCAGACAGAAAUAUAUUGGAAAGAGAUGGAUGGAGAUUCAGAAUGGACUAGAGCAAAUGAUGCAUACGAUAGUGGUGAGGAUGGAUACGACAGUUCACGAGAUGAAAUCUCGUCUGUUUCUUCCUAUGCCAACAAAGGAAAUUUGAAUAAGACCUUUGGCAGUUCAUUGUCCUUAAAUUCUGCACCGCGCUUAUCAAUGAAAGACACGUCAUAUAUUGACGAAGGUGUUGGAUCAUCUCCAAAAAUGAUGGUUUCUCAGUUAUCAGCCGCUGUGGUGUCUUAUGAUUCUGGAACCGAUGGAUUUUCCCCUGAUAAAUCAUCAAGUUCUGCGAUCCAAAGCCAACGACCGAAGCAGACAAAUGGCCCGGGAACAUCUAUGCCUCCUGAAGCAGGAGCUGGAGAACCAGUUCCAUCAGAAGGAUUUACGCGAGGAAGAUCUUACAACAUUAAAUUGGAUGGCCAAGUCGUUCUUAGAUUUUACCCGAACAUUGCCGACUCUACUUAUUACUUCAGCGAUACUAUAGGUGGAACUCUUACUUUCUUCCAUGAAGGUGCUAGGAGAUGCCUCGAGGUCAUGGUUACACUAGAAACGACAGAGAUAAUAGAUAGGAGAUUCGUUCAUCCGGCUAGGAGGAAUUCUCCUGAGAGUCCUAAGAUCCAAAGCGAUCACCAUGAAGUGGUGGCAGAUCUUAUUCAGACCAGCUUUCUUUUUUCGAUUCCCGUGGAUGGUCCAAUGUCAUUUACUACACCUCAUGUUUCUGUACAAUGGAACCUUAAGUUUGAGUUCCUAUUUACCGCAAAGGAUGUGGACUUAAGCAGGUAUGAACAUCCGCUGUUAGUCCCGAAGACAGAAAAAAACAGUUGGAUUCUUCCGAUCACGGUACAUGCACCACCGCCUCGGACAUCGGCUGCUCAAAACCAAGGCGAUAAGCUCUAUGGUUUGGAGCCUUCUUGGAUUCGUAGCUAA